GCCGGAUUGAUUUUAAGUUCUUACCGCCAUGUAAGACCUUUAAAUCAAUCUUCCUUUUCACAUUUCAGCUGGUUCCCCGGGUUGUCCCGAGAUCGCACUUUUGCCUCAUUGAGCGCGUCACAGCCAUGGCGUUGAUACGUUAUAUGCUUGCCAUGCUCGGCAUCAUGGCCUACACAGGCGUUUCCGCUAUGCCUCCUACAGCAACCAUCCCUGGAGUGCGUGUGACCUACCAUGGCAUCCACCGUAAUGGUGUCGAGGUGUUCUUGAAUAUUCAAUACGGGGAAGACACCGGUGGUAAUUGGCGGUUCAAACCUCCUCGACCUCAUAUACCCGCCCCUGAAAGUACUGUUCAGGCAGAUUCAUAUGGCCCGGCUUGUCCCCAGCCCCUGGGAAGCUUGAAUGUGCCCUUAUCCUUGACAAAUAUCACCAGUAUUUCAGAAGACUGUUUAAACCUGAAUAUCGCCAGGCCGCAAGGAACAAAGGCCAAUGCCCUUCUUCCUGUUAUGGUAUAUAUCCAUGGCGGCAGCUUCUGGGCCGGCUCAAACAGCGAGAUUACAACAUCUCCAGACGGCCUGAUCCUUGAAUCGGUCAAGAACAAGCUUCCGGUCAUACAUGUCAGCAUGAACUACCGCCUUGGGAUUUUCGGAUUCGCGCAGACCUCGGCACUUAGGGCAGAAGGAUCUGAAAAUGCUGGUUUGAGAGAUCAACGCCUGGCCAUGGAAUGGGUUCGAGAAAAUAUCGCGUACUUUGGUGGAAACCCUGACAAAGUCACCAUCUUUGGGCAAUCUUCUGGAGGUCUUGCUGUAGGCGCUCAUAUUUUGUCCUACGGCGGCACGAAACCUGUUCCCUUCCAGCGAGCCAUCUGUCAGAGCCAGGCGAUGGAGCCCGGAAUCACAGCCAAUUACACAUUGGACGCCACGAGGGCCGUUGUCGACUUAGUUGGAUGCAAUAAAACCGAUUUACACUCAGCUGAAACCGUUUCAUGCCUUCGCGAUCACGAUAUGCAAGCAGUGCUUGGCGCUACGAUUGCGACUUAUCGAACGGAUGUGAAUAUUGGAGAUAUUUGGCUUCCUGCAGUGGACGGUGACUACAUACCAGAUCAUCCCUCAACGCUUAUUUAUCACAAGAAAUUCGCCCAGAAUCUCGCCAUUAUGAUGGGCUGGUGCCGCGACGAUCUUACCCUCUUUACCAAUACGAGCAUCUCAACCGCCGAUGAUACUCGACAUUUCAUCACCAGAUAUUUACCAAAUUUAUCAACCGAUCAUCUCCAUGCUCUUUUGUCGCUUUAUCCUAUAAAGGACUUUGACGCGAACAAUAACCUUUCGAGAGAAUUCUAUCGCACCGCCAGGAUAUUUCGAGACAUUCUCAUGACGUGCCAGCCAUACUCUUUUGCCAAAUAUCUCACCAUCAAUAAAAAUAGCAUCUAUUUUUACGAAUGGAACCAGACCAUUUUGGAUCCUAUCCUGGAGCAUCUUGGCCACCCGGCCGGCAUGGGCACCGUUCACACGUCCGAAUUCGCCUACAUAUUUGGCAACCUCUCGCACUACAACGUCAGCGGGCUCCCAUUCAGCCCUUCGCCUUCUGAUUACGAGCUCCAAGUUAGAGCCUCAAGGUCCUGGUCGACUUUUGCCAGCGUUGGGAAGCCGGGUCUGCCGGGCCGCAAUACGUUUCAGGGAUUCGCUCCAGCCUUUGAGAGGCAAGGACAGGUGAAGGUAUUCAUUGCCGGAGGACCAAAUGAGGGCAUUUCAUACAUAGAAGGGCCGCAAGCCAACCCGCUGUUUGCAAUGGAGAAGUUGAGACAGCGAUGUGAGUAUUGGAGCGACAUCGACGUGGUCAAGGAGCUUAAAUUGUAGGAGAUUUUUUUUUUUUCCCCUAGUAGACGACGUGUCGACUUACUUACCAAGGACUUAUUUAUAUACAGCAUAAUCGAAC